UGCAACAUUGCCUGUAGGAUUCAUAAUUAUCGAAAAAUUGAUCAAAAGAACAGUUUUGUUUUUGCGAUGUAGUUAUAACGUAAAUUAUAAUUACUCGUAAGGUAAAUCUUAUACCAAAAUUGGUAUAGAGUUAUUAAUGCAAGCGUUGGACCUUCGUGUUGGUGGUAAUAACUACAAGUUUUGCUCCAAUUGUAACUCGAAUAAAAUGGAUUAUCGUCAAAAAAUGAUUAUACCUUCACAGCAAAAUGCAAAAAAUGAUGACGAAGAUGACGAAGACUUGGAAGCGCUUAGAUUAGCAGCUCUUCAAUCAUUGAGAACAAAAGAUGCUGUACAUAAUAAAAAACAGUCCUUACCACAAGUACAGAAGAUUGAUGUAACACAAUCAUUUCAUCCUUUGUAUAAAGGUCAGCGACCUUUAAGGAGAGGGUAUUUUCAUAACCGAAUGCAACAGCGACAAAAUGGAAAUUUAUAUUAUCAGAGUCCACGUAAUCCAAAUUUAAUAGCAAUAGUUCCUAUGGAAGAACAUGUGGUACUUCAACAAGCUGAUAUAACUUGUCCAGUAGAAAAGACAGAUACAAGUGUUGACUCUUACUCCACAGAAGUAUCGAAAUUUCACCGUUUCAAAGAUAAUGGAAGCGGUUCGGACGAAGAAGAUAAUAAAGAGCAAAAAAAUAUAAACAUAAAAGAAGAACCAAUUGAAAAUGACGGUAUUAAAAGUGAAACACCAUUCGCGAUGACUGAAAAUCAAGUAGAAAUUGCAGAGAGUCAGAAAAAAAUUGAAGAAGAUCAAGACGUCGUUAACGAUGACGACGAUGAUAUUCUUUUGAUGGCUGAUCUCGAAGAGGAGGACAGUUUAGAACGUUUGAUGGAUGAAAUGGAAAGGGAGAUGAACGUUGAUAAACCGUCCGAAAAAAGAGAAAAGAAAAGCAACAAGAAAGAUGGUAAAGAAUCGAUAAAAAAGGAUGACGUAGGGAGAAAUUCGAGUCAAAAGAAUAGAACAGAAGAUAGUAAUAUUCGAAAGGAGAGUUAUGCUUCAGCUUCAACAGUAUCAGUUUUGAAGAGUGAAAGGCGGUCUAUAUCGCCUCAUAUAGGUAAUCGAAUUCCACAGAAACGUAGGUCGUUGUCGCCCAGAUCACGAUCAAGGAAAAAAUCACCUAGAAGAUCCCCUAGAAGAUCACCAGCUAGACAGUUAAAAAAGUCACAACGAGAAAUAUCGAGAUACAGAUCACCUCGAAAGUCACCGGUACGAUAUUCCCCACGUUCACGAUCACCUAAACUAUCCUCGCGAUCGAGAUCACCACGAUUAUCUCCACGUCGAUCUCCAAAUAAAUCCCCGAUAAGAAGAUCACCGAUUAAAAAAUUGUCGCCAAGAGGAAGAUCUCCAAGACUCUCACCGCAUUCCAGAUCUCCAAGACCAAUACGUUCACCUAAAGCAUCGUUAGCUAAGUCCCCGAGACUGACGCGAUCACGUUCUCCAAAAUUUUCACCGCUCAGGUUAUCCCCUCAAUCGAGAUCACCUUUAAGGACAAGAUCUCCUAAAUUAUCUCCAAAACGGGCGUCGCCUCUUCGUAGGUUAUCGCCUAAAUCGAAAUCACCUGGACUAUCCCCUCGAAGGGGAUCAUUGCAGUUACCGUCGCCGAAAAUAUCGCCUCGAAGAAUUUCACCGAGAACAAGGUCACCGAGAUUAUCACCACGCAGAUCGCCGUGGUCAUCGCCCAGAAAUUCGCCUCGUCUUUCUCCUAGACGGAAAAGAUCUCCAAGGUGGUCGCCCAAAGAAUCGUGUCGAAAACAUGGACCACGAUCAGUUACUCCGGACGGAACGAACAGUCCAUCAUACACAAAAGAAUCUUCGCCACUACCUAAAAGCAGAAUAUCUCCAGAAGUAACUCGUAUCAAAUCGAAACAGAAGGAAGAUAAUUUUGAGAAAGUCACAUUGGCAGAAAAAGAAACUACAGACGUGAUUAGUGAUCCUAUACUGGAAGCUAGACGAAGAAAGUUUGAAUGUACGAGGCCUAUAGAUCCUAUAAAUGCAAAUAAAAAAAUUAAAUUAAGUAAAAAGGAGAAUACAAGUAAAAAGGUGGAGUUUCUAGAAGGGGCGGAUUUUCAGUCGAGUAAUGCUAGAAAAGUUGCGGAGGAUUACGAGGUACAAGAAACUGAUUUGUGUUUAGACGAUCAGUAUGAAUUUGAAGAAUUUGAAGAAAGUAUGGAAAAUACUUCACCUGUUACUAUUACGAGUUCAGUUAAUUCGAGUGUAGAUGUGGAAUCGCAGAAAUCAGAGAAAGAAAAAUCUUCAAAAAAGAAGAAGAAACGUGACAAAGAACUUUAUCAAGUAGGAAAAUUAAAGAACGAACUUCCUCUUUCUGAACGAAUUGGAAAAGAUAAAAAGUGUAAAAAAAGGAAGGACGUUGUCUCGGAUGGACCUAGCGACGAUAUGGAUGCUAUUUUCGAAGAUAUAGCAAUAGAAGAAGAAAGUGAUUUGCGAACUGAAUUGAGUAGAAGAAGAGCAGAAAGACUAAAUAGAACAGUGCCAAUUCAGUCUGCAAGAUUAGUGCAGUCUGCUUUUAAAGGAGUUGUCAAUGAAGUUGUCAAAAAUAAUGCAAAAGCAAAUCAGAGACACUUAGUUAAAACAGACGAUAAAACAGCUAAUCAAAAAGAAGUCAGAAGGGUUACCGUUCUUCACCGGCCAAUAUCUGACUUACACGAUUCCGAAGAUGAAAGUACUCUGGAUUCAAAGAUGCCUGUGCGAUUUAGACUGGGUUUGAAUAAACAAGUGCAUGAUACCAGGGAGUCGAAAGUUUCCCGAAAAGCAUCUAAGAGACAGGGUCGCAAGGAAUAGAGUAAACGUGUGUUCUCCUGAUUGCAUAUUUAUACGAAGAGUGCAUAGCUGUUCAUCUUACCUCCUAUUUUAUUGUCAGCAUAAGAAAAUAAGAUUCAUUAAUAGUUAAUCGUAUUAAAGAUUGCACUCGCGUAGAAAAGGUAUUCGUUUUCAUUUGGAGUGUGACCUAACAUAAAAGAAAAAAAAAGAUAACAUUCUUCUAGAAGACAAUAUCAAUAAUUCAAAAUACUUUAUGUAUGAUUGUACGAGCUAAUUAUUUAUUGUUAAGCUACAGUUAUAGUAGAUAGUAAAUUACAUGUGAUUAUAUUAAAUCAGUUGUUGUGUUGAAGUAUUUGUAAAUAACUUACAUCGGUCGCUCAUUUAAUAAAUAAGCAUCAUUGAUAAUCCCAAAGCCACCUUUUGUAAGCCUAAGUAUAUUCGGUACUAUGAAAAGAUUCUGUAUAAAUAAAUUGACAAAUUGUAAAUAUAAUAAUGUUAAUAAGAGUGUGAAAAGUGAAGAAUAAGUUGCCGUAUCAUGUAAAUUGAGUUGACAUUAUUCAAAUAUUGAAUAUAGUAUAUAAAGUGAUCUAUAUUGACAGAAGAGUGAUUUUUAUUGAUAUGUAUAUAUAUACAUAUAUACAUAUAUAUUUUUUACUUUAUGUAAUUUGAAGGUAGCAAAUACGAAUCUGAUAAUUGAAAGAUGCAGUGUAGUAUAAAGUAGCUUCCCUCCAUCUACUUAUUAUUUUAUGUUUCAAUUUAAAACAUAUAAUGCAAGUUAUGUUUUAGCAAAUGUAAAAAAAAUGUAUCUGUGCACAUAUUUAAAUUUUAUAUGUAUAACAAAAAUAGUAUUAUUAUUAGUAAUACAAUUACUAGAAUUAUACGUGUUCACGAAAUUAAAUUUAAUCAGUAAAUUGCGAGAACGUUUUAUUCUACUCUUUUAUUAUAUAAUUUCAAACGAGAAAAUUUUAUCCUUGUAUUUUAUAAAAUAUUCAUUUAUGUUUUUGGUGAAUAAUUAUCGCCAUUUUUGCGUUUACUUUCUAUUAUCAUGAGUAAUAGAUAAACUAGUAAAUCACUCCCAUGCGUUACCACUGUGCAGUAAUUACUAUGUUUGCAAAUACAAAAAUAAAUUAUUUCAUACUUUAUAUUUCACGCAAAAAAUAAAAUAACAUACUUCAUAGUAUCUAUGAAGGUGUAAUUAUUAUUCUUAAUCAAAUAAAAAACAAAUAAAUUUAUAUCAACUGCUUUUGAUAAAAGUUUUAAUAUCAAAAACAUUGAGAAAUCUUGAAGAAAGUUUAAAGUAUAUCAUUUUGAUAAGUGUAGUUAAAGUAUAUCAUUUUGAUAAAUGUAGAAAAAGCAAUACUUGAUGUUUUACACGAGUAUUAUGAUUUAUAUUUAGUUUGAUCAUAUCGUAACGAUACACAAUUAAGUAUGCGUUAAAAAAAGCAGCAUAAUAUUUUGCAUCGUGUCAAACUGUUUCCUUACAUGCCUUUACACGGGUAUUUAGACGUCAACUCCAAGAGUCGAGUAGCAGACACAUAAUUAUUAUAAAAUAACUCGAAAGACUUGAAACCGUUGAAUUUAUCGAUUGUACAAAAUGUGAUAUACAUCAAGGCUUGAAUGGUCUUGUUAAUAAUAAGUACAUCAGUUAUUGUAGAAUAACACAAAUAGUUGUUAAAAUUUCAUUUCUAGACAACGUAUGUCAUCAUGAAAUAUGCCACACAUUUUAUAUUAACUAAAACUUUUUUGAUAUUUUUUUUUCUGUUCACAUUUCUAAGUUGUUUAUUCUCAGCUUUAUAUGUGUAAUUUAUAGGCAUUUUUAAUAUAACAAAUAAAAUUAUUAUUACAAUAGAAGUAUGAUUUUCUCAUAAGGAGUAUUAUAAUUAUUUCAUGAAUUUCACUUUUCAGUGUUAUUCUAUGAUAAGACUGUGAUUAAUCUGUAAUUUUAAUUAUCGCUAUUAUGAUGUUUGGUUUAUUUGCCUAAUUUUUGUCAUUGUAGUAAAUACAGAUGGAAUCACAUAAUAAAUAUGACAAACAAAAUCAAAUAACAAAAGUAAAAACCACGUACAUCAUAAUAUCUAGUGUUCCUUUGUAUAAUUGCAUUUGUAUUUAAUAUCAAGAUAGGAAGUUUGUAACACAAAGAAUAUAACUGUUUGAAUAUUUGGAUACAAAAGAUUUUCAUCCAUCUGAGAUUUGCUAUGCACGUUAUUCUUAUUAUUGCGUAUGACUGUACUAUUUGUAUGAUCGUGUACUUGUACUUACAUUUUUUUACAAAAUAACACACAGGAUUUAGAUUGUUCAGAUAUAAUAAAAUACAAACACCAAGUAUUAAUACGAAGCAAGUUCAGUGAUAAUUAAAUCACUGAACAUUUGAAAUAAACUAAGACUCUUAUUUCAGAAAAAUAGAAAAUAAAGUAUUUUUAUCUUAA